AUGGUACGAAUCCUUGCCGUCCUCAUGCUCUCUGAAGUCACUGACCCCAAUCUCGCUGCUGAGCUCAAGAAGAAGAGGACUUUCCGUACCUUCUUUUACCGUGGAAUUGCUUUGGACAAGUUGCUCGACUUGAGUAAUGAGGAGUUCGUCGAGCUCGUCCACGCCCGUGCUCGCCGCCGCUUCCAGCGCGGUCUCAAACGCCGCCCCAUGGGCCUCAUCAAAAAGCUCCGCAAAGCCAAAAAGGAGGCCCUCCCCAACGAAAAGCCCGCUGUCGUCAAGACCCACCUCCGUGACAUGAUCAUCGUCCCCGAGAUGAUUGGCAGCGUUGUUGGUAUUUACAACGGAAAGGUGUUCAACUCGGUGGAAAUCAAGCCGGAGAUGGUGGGCCACUACUUGGCGGAGUUCUCGUGCACGUACAGGCCUGUUAAGCACGGUCGACCUGGUAUUGGUGCUACCAACUCUUCUCGAUUCAUUCCUCUCAAGUAA